AUCGAACAAUACUGUUUCAUUGUCAACUUGUUCUUGGAGCUAUGGCUGUCAAAUAUCAAGGAUACGCUACCAGGCUAGCCUAGGGCCAUAUUUUGAAGACCAUGUUUGAAGCAGACGUCAAAAUGGCGACAAACGUUACAACACCUAGCAGUGAACAGAUCGAGCCAAGUGCAUUGGCUGUUUUUGGAGGCUGGUUUACAUCCAUACAUGGAUAUUCAAGCCUUACUGUGUGUUUUUUUGGAAUUCCGACCAAUCUCAUCAAUAUAACAGUAUUAUCGCGGAAGGAUAUGCGCAACCCAACGAACGCACUUCUUUGUUGGUUGGCAGUGGCAGACUUGUUGACUAUGAUUCCUUACGUUCCUUUUGUGAUUCACUUCUACUGUGCCUUCGACCCUUAUGAUUCUUCACCGGACAAGUUUACAUUUCCCUGGGCAGUAUACAUGCUCUUUCUCAUCAAUUUUGUUGCAACAACUCAUACAAUAUCAAAUUGGUUAGGUGUCUCAUUGGCCGUGUUCAGAUUUGUUCAGUUACGGUCUACUUCAAAAGGGACUGUCGCAAAAAGACGACUGUAUAGCACAAUACAGAAAGUGAUUGCAGGAAUAUACGUUUGUUCAUGUGUUGUUCUAGUACCAAAUUACAUGACAAACAAAAUCGUUGAACAUCAUGACAAUGAAACAAACAAAACCGCGUUCUUCAUCGAAGAUAUUAAACUGGGCACAAACGACACCAAGCCAAUUGUUUUAGUCAAUGUGUUAACAUAUUCAAUAUUGACAAAGAUUGUUCCUUGCAUUUUGAUGACAGUUUUCAGCGGAAGCCUAUUAAUAAGCCUCAACCUUAAUGGUCGCCAAAGACGUCGUCGUCUUUCUGUAACAUCAAACAAAGUUCGACGCGAAAGUAGACAGGCAAAAACUACGCGAAUGUUGCUGGUUGUGAUUAUCCUGUUUUUGUUGACUGAAUUUCCGCAUGGAUUGCUAAUUCUUAUAAGUACAGUCAUUCCUGACUUUUACUAUAGCGUCUAUUCGCCUCUCGGGGAUCUGAUGGACCUGCUUGCUUUGGUUAACAACGCUAUAAACUUUCUCCUUUACUGCAUCAUGAGCACCCAGUUUAGAACAAAGUUCUUGCAAAUGUAUUUCAAUAAACAGUCGACAUUUAAAGACAUGGAAAGGACUCAACUUACAACAUCCUUGAAAACGACAUUUACUACAAUCUGAAAACGUGACAGCAAAUAAGAUCAAAUAAAAGCCGCUCCCGUUAGUACGUCUUCAACAAUAGUAUUAUCAUCUACUGGAACUUAAUCUGCUUGAUCGGUAGCUGUCUGCACGUUUAUAUCUAAAUCAGAAAUAAUGUUUGCUUUGUCUUUAAGCUGACUAUUAUCAUUUGCGAUGUUAUUCAGAGACAAUU